AUGCCUCCCAGGCGUGUCAAGCGGCUUCGUGACCUCCUGCAUCACUACCACAGAGUAUUCGGUCUGAAACUCGAUCCUCUAGAAAUAUUUUUGGACUAUACUUUUGUUAGACAGGCUCUUUUAAAUAAGCUUAAUAUAUUCUCGUCCUUCAAUUGCCUUGUCGGCUCUGAUGUAAAACUUGUGACUUCCUCGUGUGUCGUGGAGGAAUGCAGGCAACUGGGUGAUCUUUGUACUGGUACAGUAAAAAUUCUUCUCGGAUACAAAAUUUUAAAGUGCAGACAUGACUAUAACCCGACCCUUGGGGCUUCUCGUUGCAUUAUCAAACGGUUAGAAACAGCCAAAAAAAUACAGCCUUCCCGGGGAAAUAUGCUCUUUGCUCUAGCAACCAAUGAUUGCGAACUAAGAUCAUUUGCUGAGACUGUCCCUGGCUUUCCUGUUUUCUUCAUUUCACACCGAUGUAUCAAUUCCCAGCCAAUUCCCCCGGGGGUAUCCCUUAUCAUUGACGCUUACAACCGUUCCUCCUCCCUUCCUUCACGGGAAGAGCUUGGAGAAAUCAGAGAAGCGCAGCUGCAGUUCGGAUACAGGAACGAAUGCACUUUAUUUAAACGCAAGGCCCCAAUCGAGGCGAAUACUCUUUCUUGCAAGAAGAGGAAGGCCUCCUUAGGCUUGACGGAUACCCCAGUAGCGACUGGCAGACACCGUCCUAGUCGGAAAAGAAUAAAGAAAACAUGGGCAUUUUUGCAAGCCUUAUCCCAUUUUGAAAAGAGCGACAUUCUAUCGGAGUAA